AUGCACUCAGACGCUUCCCGUGCACGCUCCUCUUAUACAACUUCCGGGUGGCCCAGCCGUGCCGGAAAGCAUAGUCGCAUCCGUCUAGUUCUAUUUGAUGCAUUCGACACGCUCCUGAAGCCACGCAAACCGCCACACGAGCAGUAUGCAGAAGAAGCGCGCGUGCAUCUUUCUGGGAUACUUCCCCCAGUUGCUCUGACUGAUGAGGCAGUCAAAGCGUCAUUUCAAGCAGCGUUCAAGCGCACGUGGAAGGAGCACCCGCUCUAUGGUGCUCAUACUGGACUGGUGGAGAAGAGAUGGCCAGAUGAGUGGUGGAGGCUCGUGAUAGAAAGGACAUUCCCCCUUGAUGAAACUUCGAAAGGGACGGACACUGAUGCAGCUCGAUCUCGAUCGAUAACAAGAUUACAGGACGCCCUUCUGGACCGAUUCGCAUCGUCUAAAGCAUACGAGUUAUUUGAAGAUACUCUGCCUGCUUUUCAAGCGUUGCAAGAUAUGACGGUGCAGGUCGGCAUCGCCAGCAAUAGUGAUAGCCGAAUUCUUGACGCCAUGCGUGCGCUACGUCUGGAUCACUUCGUCAACCUUGAUCUCGAGGGUCCUGGAAAUUCUGCAUCAGCAGAAAGCAGCGCUAUCACCAGUCGCGGCCCGCCGCCGAUCCUCUCUUACUCGAUACUUGCGGAGAAGCCCUCGCGCAAGUUCUUCGAGAUUGCUGUCCAGCGUGCAACGUCGUACAUGUCGGCGGCGUCGUCCGCAUCGUCGCAGCAUGGCAACAGUGACGCAUUGAAACGCAGCCAGGUACUCUUCAUCGGCGACCACCUCCUGGAAGACUUUCGCGGUGCCCGAGAUGCAGGCCUGCAGAGCCUGUGGAUCAGACGCGGCUUUCGGUAUUCUAGUGAGCUUCAGAGCACCAGUCGAAAGGGUCCCGGCGCGCAUAGAUCCGAGAGCAGCUCCUACGAUGGGCCGCACAACGAAGAGGCUGAACGCAUUUUCAAAAAAGAAGGCCUCACCGAGGAGGAGCGGACUAGGGUGGUUACCAGCCUGGGCGAGGCGGUGCAAUGGCUAAAAAGGUACAAUGGUGAUGUUUGA